AUGGCUUCGGUGUUAGGCAAGCUUUGGCCUAGGCCAGCCGCCGAGUCAACGCCCAGCAACCAAACAGAGCCGUACACCUCGGACUCUGAACCAUCUGUGAUCCAUGAUGGCGACCUUGCAUUCGUCCGUGUCAAGGGAGGCAAUGGAUCCGGCGCAACUUACCAGGAAGCUGUUGGUGCGCCGGUCGAGUCACGAUCUCCUUUGGGAUACCAUGUCGGCUGGGCUACUAUUCUCUUUCUCAAUGUCAAUCAAAUGAUCGGAACGGGUAUCUUCUCGACGCCCGGAAAUAUCCUCAAAGCAUGUGGCUCAGUCGGGCUGGCACUUAUGUACUGGUUCAUCGGGUUCUUGAUGGCCGCCGCCGGCUUUACAACAUAUCUCGAGCUCGCUAGCUACUUCCCGAACCGCAGCGGCUCCGAGGUAGUGUAUCUGGAGCAAGCAUACCCACGACCCAAGCAUUUCUUCCCAAUCGCAUUCGCCGUACAAUCCGUCAUCCUGUCCUUCAGCAGCAGUAACGCCGUGGUUCUUUCACGCUACCUCUAUCGUAUUGCAGGAGUCACGCCCUCAGACAUGCAAAUGAAAGGCGUGGCGGUGGCGGCCUACUCGCUGGCCGUGAUCUUUGUCAUUGCCCACAACAAAUACUCUCUCUGGCUCACCAAUCUUCUCGGUGCCCUUAAGAUCGUCACCCUCGUCUUCAUCAGCAUCACCGGGCUUGUGGUGCUCGGGGGCCACGUGUCCAGCAUCGAGAACCCGGGUCACAAUUUCAACGAUGCAUUUGCAGGUACGACUAACAACGGCAACAGGCUGGCAAAUGCUCUCGUCAGCAUCAUCUUCAGCUACUCUGGCUAUGCCAAUGCCUUCAAUGUUGUCAGUGAGAUCAAGAACCCGAUCCCGUCUCUCAAGAAACAUGGCGUCAUUUCCGUCAUGGUCGUUACCGUUCUGUACAUGCUUUGCAAUAUUGCCUACUUUGCCGCCGUCGACAAGAAAGAGUUCUCCCAAUCGUCGGAGAUCGCAGCGGCAGUCUUCUUCCGAACCGUGUUUGGAAAGGGUCGCGCCGAGACCGCCCUCAACGUGCUUGUGCUCUUGAGCGCCUUUGGUAAUUUGCUGGCUGUGCUCAUCGGCCAGUCACGCCUCAUCCGAGAGAUUGGCAGACAGGGAGUCCUUCCGUUCCCUAAAUUCUUCACCUCCACACGCCCGUUCGGCACGCCUCUGGGACCCUAUGCCCUGAAGUGGGCUUUCACGGUCAUCAUGUGUCUCGCCCCGCCCGCCGGCGAUGCCUUCCAGUUCGUCAUCAGCCUGAAGACCUACCCAGAAGCCAUCUUCCACCUCUUCAUGGCUGCCGGUGUUUAUGUGAUCCGUCGCCGCCGGGCCCGUAACAAUAUUCCUCACUCCGAGUUCAAAGCAUGGGAUGUGGCAUUGAUCUUCUUCAUCUUGAUCCAAAUCUACACCCUCGUCAUGCCGUGGCUCCCUCCUGAGAAGGGUAUCUAUGGUGGAGAUGUCUCGUUCUUCUACGCGACGUACAUGUUGACUGGAAUUGCAAUUUUGAUCGUAUGUGUUGUAUACUACUAUGCCUGGAUGAACUGGAUCCCGAACUGGCGCGGGUACCGUAUCAGGACCGAGAUUCUGGAGGUUGACGACAACGGUGCCAAUACUCACAAGCUUGUUCAAGUUCCUAUUGAAGAGUUGGCCGAGUGGGACGCAACGCAUGAUGAAUCCGGCAAUCUACGGCAGAGAAACGGAGAAAGGGAGUCUCAUAGCGAGAAGUCUUCUACUCCG